UUAGUCAAUAAAUAUAAUAUUCGUUGAUUGUUCCUCACUUCCCGUCUCCGAAGUGACGAUGUCGACGGCUGGCGAUCUCCACCUUCUGCUCUUCCCCUUCCCGGCGCAGGGCCACCUCAUCCCCCUCCUCGACCUCGCCCACCACCUCUCCGUCCGCCACCACCGCCUUACCCUCACCGUCGUCGUCACUCCCGCCAACCUCCCCCUCCUCCACCGCUUUCUCGCCUCCACCCCCUCCGCCUCCCCUCUCGUCCUCCCUCUCCCCUCCUCCCCCACCCUCCCCCCUGGGGUCGAGCACGUCCGACAGCUCCGCGCCGCCAAUUCUUCCCCUGCAGCCCUCAUCCGCGCCCUCUCCUCCCUCCGCUCCGCCGUCGUCGCUUGGGCCCGCUCCUGCCCCCACCCACCCACCGCGCUCAUCUCCGAUUGGUUCCUCGGCUGGACCAACAACCUCGCUACCGACCUCUCGGUUCCCAACCUCGUCUUCUAUUGCUCAAACGCCUUCGCCGUCUCCGCCAUCGAUUUCCUCUGGCGCACCAUGCCCUCCGCGUCUGCAUCCCAUGUCACCCUCUCCGCCCUCCCCUCCACCCCUUCCUUCCCUUACUCCCGCCUUCCCGCCAUCAUCCGCGGCUACGUCGCCGGCGAUCCGGACUGGGAGUUCACCCGCGAGUCCUUCCUCGCCAUCCCCGCCGCAUGGGGCGCCGCCAUCAACACCUUCGCUGCCCUCGACGAUCGCUAUCUCGCCCAUCUCCGCCGAUCGUUCGGCCACGACCGCGUCUGGGCGGUGGGUCCGAUCCAGCUGGAGGCCGCCCCCAGCGACCGCGGAGGGGCCACCUCUAUCUCGGCGGAGGAGGUCACCGCAUGGUUGGACGCCUGCCCGCCGCGAUCCGUGGUCUACAUCUGCUUCGGGAGCCAGUACACAGAGACAGCGGCUGAGAUCGGUGCGAUCGCGGCUGCACUAGAGAGGAGCGGGGUCCGAUUCGUGUGGGUGAUCGGAUCGGGGGCGGAUCUGCCGGAGGGAUUUGAGGCGGGGGAAAUGGGGAUGCUGAUCCGGGGUUGGGCGCCGCAGGCGGCGAUCUUAGGGCACGCCGGUGUUGGGGCGUUCGUGACGCACUGCGGAUGGAACUCGGUGAUGGAGGCGGCGGCGACGGGGGUGCUGUUGCUGACGUGGCCGAUGACGGCGGAGCAGUUCCUGAACGCAUGGCUGCUGGUGGAGGUGGCGGGCGUGGCGGUGAGAGUCGGGGAAGGAGGCGGAGUGCCGGCGACGGAGGAUCUUGCAAAGCUGCUGGUAGAAUCGGUGUCGGAGAGUGAAGCGUGGACCGAAGUGAGGGCGCGGGCGGCGGAGCUCCGGCGGAAGAUGGCGGAGGCUGUGGCGGCGGGGGGCAGCUCGUACGGAGAUCGGGAGGACCUGCUGAAACAAUUGACGGGGGAACAGCACACCUGAACUAUUUGAUGCGAUAGAAAAGACUAGCAAGGUUAAUUAUCCAAAUUCGCAUGUAAGAAAAUAUUCUCAGUCGUAUUGGGUAAUCAGUAUUUUACCCUUUUAUGGUAAUUUACCAAAAGAUGCACUAAGUUUAAUGUAUUUAUCAAAAAAUAUAUCAUCGUUUGGUAUUUACCAAAAAAUAUAGAUAA